AUGCAACUGUUUGACACACCGAUCGCUCGCACGGAUUCAUUUUGGAAAAUCGUUUCGCUGUCGCUGGCGGAUUUCCAAGAACUCUCACCCGUCUACUUCAUACAGUUGCUUUUCGAGGACCUUUCCGAGAACUGGCUACCGCGCCUUUCGACAACUAUGCGCAAUCUAGCUGCGUACAUAGUUGAAGUGCCGUCUGACGCCUACAUCAACCACUGGAGUACGGCGAUCACUCACAUGGAGUCGUUCUUCAGAAGAUAUCAUACCCAGAUCUCAUCUGAGGGUGCCGCAAAACCGUCGCGAUCCGAAGUGGAAAGCGCGAUUAUCGUUAUGAGUCACGUGCUGAAAAGUGCAGAAUUUCAGCGCCUUCAAGGUGGGUACUAUUUGUUUUUGGCCCUUUUAGAGGCUUCCACCCUCGCCGUCUUAUCCUUGCCUUCGGCUGUCUCGUUAGUGGACUCAUUCUGCAAAUGGCUCGCCGAAGCCCUGCAUGAGUGCCCUGUGAAACUGGAAAGCCUAUUGACAAUAUGUACAGCCUGCAAUAGAGCUCUUAUACGGGAACGAGACAAACAAAGCGUUUCUCGCGCUGUUGUGGCAGAAAUGAUUCAGGCGAUCAAAUUCAAAUGUUCAAUGCACGAAGCGAAUUUCAUCACUAUUGCGAAUUUGAUCCUUCAGGAUGCUGGCGAAGACAUCGAAAUGAACAUACAAGACGACCAAUUCAACACGGCAGCGUCUGAGGCAGUGCGACCUUUCCUGUUCGAGAUUCUCGAUUUCAUCGCUGAUCUUCACGUAUUGGCUAAGCUCAAGAAAGAGACGAACUCCGACUCAGUUGGAGGAGAUCUGAAGGUGAAACUGGCUGAAGCGAUCGCCGUCGAGAUGAGUCGCUCGAAUGCCCGCGACUGUCGCACCGUAAUUCGCUUCAUUCCGUGGCUUAUGAGUCCACCAAGUGUCACUCAGGCUGCUCCUGGAGCGUUUGCGGAUUCCGUAACAAAUGUCCGUGUGCUUUCCUGGCUGUUACUCGGAGCUCUGCAUGCAAAUCAUGGGUGUCUACCCGUUCCAAUUGAAUGCAGUCAGCACAUGGCUGACUAUAUCCACUUUGUUCUCGCUGGUUUCGCCGACCAGUCAAAGCAAUCUGUUGUUCACAUGUCCGCACUGUUUCAUGCGUUUCAUCUUUGCCAGUUGUGGACAGUCUAUUGUGAGCGAGCAGCUGUGUUCAGCUCUGCAACGGCCUUUCCGCAUCUGCUAGAUUUCUGGGCUCGAGUGACACCUGCUAUUCUCCAGCUUCUGAAUCACUCGAAAGUGCAGCAGGAAACUAACGACCCACAACCUAUAGCAGUAUUGGAUAUGUUGCGGAACGUGAUAGAAUUUGAGAGCUAUCAGCAAGCCAAUCAAAGGCAUCAUAUACGACAAAUUGGUACUCGCUGA